UCUUGCGCAUGCGCAGCGCUGCAGACCUCGUCUAAAUUGAGGUCUUUGUUGAGACCAACAGACACAUCUUGCUCAAGCUUUUUUCAAACAUAUCAGAGCCAUAUGCUAAAAGAAAACGCUUCUUGGUACAAUCACGACUCUGCACGAUUAUUGUGAUCUCAACUAUACGACGCGAGGAUAUGUCCAGACUUGACAACAUCGGAUGUACACAAACAAAACCUGCGUUCUCGUUUUAAGGUGGUAUUUUUCAUCGUACGUCGUUUUAUUUAAACAUUCGCGACCAGUGAUCGAUAGACAUGGGGAGCUGUCAUAGUUAAAAGGAGUAGAUCUCCUGUUUUCCUGGAUAUCAUGAAAGAGGAGAUGAAUAUUUGUUUGGAAAGGCUGCCCAUGGCAUGCAGCAGAAGUGGGGUUCAACUUUCCAGCUGCCUCGUCCAAACAGAGGAAAAGGGGAGAGCAGACAGAGGAUAUUUGUGGGUCAGCUGUAUCUCCCAUAGUUCACAUAAAUAAUCAACAAGCAACAUUUGGGAUCGUUGUGAGAUAUGGAGACUGUCGGGAAAUUUGAGUUCAGCAGAAAGGAUCUUAUAGGACAUGGUGCUUUUGCAGUGGUGUUCAAAGGCAGAAAUCGAGAGAAGCACGAUUGGGAAGUUGCAGUCAAAUGCAUCAACAAGAAGAAUUUAGCCAAAUCCCAGACCCUUUUAGGAAAAGAGAUCAAGAUAUUAAAGGAGCUGAAACAUGAGAACAUUGUUGCAUUACACGACUUUCAGGAAACAGCCAGUUCUGUGUACCUAGUAAUGGAGUACUGCAACGGGGGAGACUUGGCCGACUACUUGCACUCCAAAGGCACUUUAAGUGAAGACACCAUCCGAGUGUUCCUGCAGCAGAUUGCAGGGGCCAUGAGGGUCCUUCAGGGCAAAGGCAUCAUCCACAGAGACCUGAAACCCCAGAAUAUCCUGUUGUCCCACCCUGCAGGCCGAAAGUCCCACUCCAACAACACCUGCAUCAAGAUAGCUGACUUUGGCUUUGCGAGGUACCUCCAGAACAACAUGAUGGCUGCCACGCUUUGUGGGUCCCCUAUGUACAUGGCACCAGAGGUUAUUAUGUCGCAAAACUAUGAUGCCAAAGCUGACCUGUGGAGUAUAGGAACCAUUGUGUUUCAGUGCCUGACAGGGAAAGCGCCAUUUCAGGCCAGCAGUCCCCAGGACCUCCGCUUGUUUUAUGAAAAAAAUAAAACGCUUAGCCCAAACAUUCCCAGAGAAACGUCCAGUCAUCUCAGGCACCUGCUGCUUGGACUUCUGCAGAGGAACCAUAAGGACCGUAUGGACUUUGAUGAAUUUUUCAAACACCCUUUCUUAGAAGCAAGCUCCUCUAUGAAGAAGUCUGCUCCGGUGACCCUGACUUGUUUUCCUAGCUCAGCCUCUGCAAGCUCAUGCAGUAGUUCAUCUACAUCACACCUGGCUUCUCCUCCUCAAUCCCUUGCGGAGAUCCAGCAGGUCCGUGCGAAAGCAUUGGCCUCCCCUACCCAGGAUUCUCCAGGCUACCUAAAGGAUUCCGGCGGUGGUGGAGGGGAAAGCAGCAGCAAGAACUCAUCGUGUGACACGGAUGACUUUGUCAUGGUUCCAGCUCAUUUCCCCAGUGACCUUACCUGUGAAAUGCCAACGGGAAAGGUUCUCCAGGAAAGUAUGAUGUAUAGUGGAAGUUCCCUUCUUGCAUCUGGAGGUCAGUGCAGUCAAGGCAAGACCCCUCCACGUUCCCCUUCCUACAGCAGCUCCCCGGGGCACAGCGGCAGGCCGAGUGAGUUUUCUGGGAGUAACUAUGGCAACUAUGGGCAGUCUGCACCCAUUCCUGUCCCCACACAGAUUCACAAUUACCAGCGCAUGGAGCAGAACCUCCAGUUCCCAGGUCAAGAGGAAUCUCCAAGGUCUGGCACAGUACAGAGGUGUGGUAGUGGAAGUUUUCUGUCCUCUGGAAGGUCCGGCCCUUCCCCACCUCAGUUCGGAGGGCCUGUUUCAGCUCUCACAUCCCGCAGACUAUCUACAGGGGGUGCAAAACCCUUUCAGCUCUCCCCUCAGGUGGGCACUAUUCCCGAGUUGCCGGGCCAAGUUUGCCCAGCGGGUGCAGAAAUGAGUCACAGGAGUUCUAGGGGUGGAGAAACCAAACCUCGCCCACAACAGGGCCUGGGCACACGCCUCAACAGCGCUCCCUGUUUGCUGGAGGCAGCUGGUGGAUGCAGGCAGAAGAUCAGGAAGCAGCAUUCGGACCCAGUUGUAGUCCCUCAGGGGAAUGUGAUGCCCUUUCGAACUCUGCACUCCUCUCCAAGGCUCAGUGAGCUUAUGCAACGCAGCCCCCUGCCAACCAUCCUAGGAUCUCCUACCAGAGCCAUGCCCCCGUUUGAAUUUCCCAAGCCCCCGAGUUCCCCAAACAUGGUCACAUUUCUGACCCAACAAGGAUUGAGACCAUCUCAAGGAGAGACACCUGCCUACCAACAUGAGGAGAGGAAAGGCUUUGGGAGGUCUCAGAGCACAGGUCGCCUGUCUGAUGUGCUCCUAAUGGCAGCGUUUGGGGGGCAGAGGGGACAAAAAGGAAGCAUUGAGAACCUCAAUUCAGACAGAGCCAUUGACAUCACAGCGCCCUCUAGUGGUGGACAUUUCUAUGUGGGUUCAAGUAGCCCAGCUCGUGUGGUGUUCACUGUGGGUUCUCCACCCAGUGGAGGGACACCGCCCCAAAGUGUUCGCUCAAGGAAGUUCUCAGUGGGUUCUUCAAGUUCCAUUAGUCCAGUAGGGUCCCUCACCAGCCGCUAUCCACAAACAGGCUUUUGCAUGGAUGGCUUUGACGGGCCUUCCAGUCCUCGCUACAGUUUUAGUGACCCCAUCUCAGCUGUGACUUUUGAAGUCCCUGAAUUACCAGAGGAGACCCUUAUGGAGCAGGAACAUACAGAGGCAUUGCGCAAGCUUCGUUUCAUGCUGGACUUUGCUCGCUGCAUGGUGGAGGUGGCUGGAGAUCGGGGUGGAGAUCCGGAGCAGACAGACCCCUCCUCUACCAGCCUGCUUCAGCAACAGAGUUUGGUCGCCGACCAGAUCAGCUCACUUAGCCGAGAGUGGAGUUAUGCUGAGCAGUUGGUGCUUUAUAUGAAGAUAGCAGAGCUUCUGUCAUCUUCACUACAAACAGCCAUGGAAGGCAUCAAGCAGGGAAAACUUUAUCCCUCUUCCACCGUCAAACAAGUCGUCAGGAGACUGAAUGAUCUGUAUAAAUCCAGCGUGGUGUCCUGUCGAUCUCUGAGUGUUCAGCUGGAGCGAUUCUUCUCCCGUAAACACAAACUCAUGGACCACAUCAACAGCAUCACAGCGGAGAAGCUUCUCUUCAGCCACACUGUACAGAUGGUGCAAGCUGCUGCUCUGGAUGAGAUGUUUCAUCAGGGCGAAGCAUCAAUUCAGCGUUACCAUAAGGCUUUGCUGCUUAUGGAGGGUCUGUCUCUCCUCCUUACAGAACAGAGCGACAUCCUCAGCGUCAGCAAGUGUAAGCAAUGCAUCGAGCGCCGUCUCAACGCACUGCAGUCGGGUCUCUGCGUGUAAAGUGUCUCUACCGCACACUGCUGUCAGUCAGUCUCAUCCCAAGAAUGAUUUCUUCUUUUUUUAUUUCAUUCGAUUUUGCAUUCCUCCCCCAUGCACCUCUUUUUGUGGGCUGUGGGCUUAGGAACAGCCCUCUGAUUGGACCAAAUCAGAUGGACAGCAGAUGUUAUAUUGCUGAGGGCUGAUGGGGAUGUCAAUGUUUCCUUGAACAUCUUUAUAGAUGCAAAAGACUCUGUAUUUAUUCCAUAAUCUACUAUAGGCCACCUGCCGGUUCUGUCUAGUAUGUACUACAAAGUGACACAUUGCUUCAAGUUUCCCAUCUCAAGACGGGUCUGGUACAGGAUGUGUUAUAAUGGGUUGUGCAAUUUGUAGUAACUGACCAAGUUUUCCCACCCUGACAACAAAAAAACAUUUAUUUCUGUAUUUAUAAAAACUGCCGGUUCACUACAUGUUAACUUACAGAAGGAAGUUAACAAAUAUGUUAAAUAUUAUAAGUACGUAUGACAGGAGUCUGCUUUGCUUGGUUAGCUGGCGUACUUCUUAGUAUCCAGUCAUUAGAAAUUAUAAGUAAUGGAUUAAUUUUUCAAUUUUAUGCAUUUGUUGAAUGUUGCAGCAGUUACCAAGGCCCAAAUUCUCCUGUACUUCACAGGCAGAUUAACUUUAUCUAUAAAUUAGUGAUGAUUUAAAUUAGAAAUUUGGUGACUAGUCAAUUAGAAACAUAUCAAAACCAAUUAUUUAAAAGACAUUCCUUGCUUUACAGAAUGAAAACUGUAUAAAGCCAGCAAAAUCGUGUGUAGCACUUUAGUGAAUGUUUACCAAAUAAGAGCAUGUCAAAAUACCAUUAUCAAAUGUUUAAGAAAUUAAAUUUGUGUGUUGUGUUUGGACAUCUUUUACUUUUAAAAACUCUAUUAUUCAUUUUACGUUGUUUAGGACUUUUUAAGUCACAGUUUGUAUCAGGACCUAAACUGGCGUCUCAUAAAAAAUAAGGAUGAACCAAAAUUUUCCAACAUUUAUUGUUGACAUCAAAGAGAGGUAGAAUUCAUACAGAACUCCAAAUCAUUUUCUGGUCCUAAUGUCCACCUAGAUUAAAUUAAGACUUUAAUAUCCAUUUUAGUGUUUGUUUCGAGACAUAAUGUACUUCCUGUGGGUCGUGCAUGCAUCUUUGUGUUUUUCCUUUGUGAAUCGUCUCAAGCAGGUAUCUGAAGGACAUGUCUUAAGAAUAGACUGUUAUACAUUUUUGCACUGUUUGUGGAUUCAUUUGUUAUAAGCUAAGGACAUUCAAAAGUGGACCAUUUAAUUUAAACGCCACAUUUUCCCCACUUUGUAUGAAUAUUCUGUGCUUUUAUCCUUUAUUUCAUUUGUGUAUGAACAAUGUGGUUAUUUGUUGAAGCUGAUUUUAUAAUGUGCCUUUAAAGAAAAAAGCAAAAACUGAAACACUGAAAAAAUAUAUUGAUUUAUUGUACUUUUUGUAUAUUGUUGUUGUGAAAUAGUCUGGAGUGAACUGUUGUUUUCUGAUUGGUUGAAUUUGACCAGAUUAAGAUGGAUUUGAUUUUGUUUUGCUUUUAGUUUGUGUGUGCGUGAAUGUGCUUGUAAAAAAAGUAUAAUGUGUGGAAUAAAUAAGUUUUCUUUGAAUAAACUGAAGUGCAGUGUCAACGGUGUGGCACAAACUUUUAUUUAUAAUUCCCACAGUUCCAAAGGCCAAUUGACAUAAUAUGCAUUUUCUGCCUGUAAUGCCUACCACUUAAAUUCAAUCAAUUUUAGCACAUUUGUUUUGUUUUUUAUCGAUGGAAAUCAUCCCAAUAGGGCCAAAUGAAUAACAUGUUUUCACAAUCUGAAUUCCAUGUAGUGUAUACUUGUUGCAUCAAAUUGAUAUACACAUUUAAAUGAGUCCAUGAAGUCUUUAUUGUAUGUAUCAUAUGUUAAAUCACUGAAUAGCAUGAUGCAUUUGUCAGUUUGUAUAAAAGGUCAUGUUCAUAUUUGAUGUUAAGUAUUUGUUUCAUAUUCAAAACGUUGCAUUUAUGCAAUCACUACAUUGAUGUCUGACAGCAUCAUAUUUUGUUCUUCACAUAUCUCUCAGUACCACGUGUAUAUAUACUGUAAAUUAUUGCUUUAAACGUGUACAUUGAAGGAUAAAUUGCUUUCCAUCACCCUUUCCCCACCAAAGAAAAAUAUUAAAAUACCCAAUAUUGUCUGUUCUGUAAAAUCAAUAUUUCAUGUACACUCUCAUGAUGUAAGAUUUUGCUUUAAAAAGUACAGAACCAAUAAAGAAGAAAAGUCAAAAGA